AUUCUCCUUUUUUGCGAUUUUAUUUUUCUUUACAAAAAGCAAAUUAACUUUUUUCAAAACCUCUCUUUUUUCACACACAUAAUUUUUAGUUUUUAUAUAUAUCAAUGACAGUUGCAAGUAACUUAUCUGCUGUACUUUAUGCACCAGGUGAUCUUCGUAUGGAACAAACAGCCAUAGAAGAGCCUAACGAGGAUGAGGUUCAAAUCAAUAUCCGAGCCACUGGUAUCUGUGGGUCUGAUUUGCACUACUAUCAUCAAGGCAAAAUAGGCACGCGUGUUUUAGAACGUUCAAACCCAAUGAUUCUUGGUCACGAGUCCUCUGGCAUCGUUACCAAAGUAGGUUCCAAAGUCGCUCAGCUUUCCGUUGGUGAUCGUGUUGUCAUCGAGCCAGGCAAAUCAUGUCACUAUUGUCAACGCUGUGAAGAAGGCAGGUAUAAUCUAUGCCCUACUAUGAAGUUUUCUUCUUCGCUUUUCCAAGGCCCUAAUCAAGGUUUGUUACGAGAAUAUGUGUGUUUCCCUGCAGAUUUAUGCCACAAAUUGCCAGACAAUAUGUCAUAUGAACAAGGCGCAUUGAUCGAACCAUUGGCUGUAGCCGUUCAUGCGGUAGGUCGUACAAACACAGUAAAAGUAGGCUCUUGUGUAGCUGUAAUUGGUGCGGGUCCUAUUGGCCUCCUUGUUGCUGCUGCUGCCUAUGCGCAAGGUGCUACACAAUGUGUCCUCUUUGAUAUCAAUUCCAAUCGACUCAGCUUUGCCACGUCCUACUUACCGACCAUCAAAACCGUAUUGUUACCACUUAAGCCUCCGACCGAGACUUCAUUGGCAUGGGCACAAGCAUAUGUAGAAAAGCAUCUAGGAGACUAUGCCGAGAAAAUUGACGCCGUGUUUGAAUGUACAGGGAUUGAAAGUAGCGUGGGAUUAUCCAUGUAUUUAGCACGUAGAGGAGGAGUGGUCAUGCUCAUUGGUAUGGGAACUAGCCAAUGUAUGAUGCCUAUUGACUUGAUUUCGACACGCGAAAUUGACGUUUUAGGUAAUUUUCGGUAUAGCCAUGUUCACCCAAAGGCUAUUGCCAUGAUUAGUGAAGGAAAAAUACCUACCGAGGGACUUGUUUCUCAUAAAUUUGCAUUGAAAGAUACAUUGGCUGCUUUUGAAACAGUCAAAAAAGGUGGCGAGGGAGUGAUCAAAGUUCAAAUUGGCGAUUUUUAAUAAAAGAGUUGGUUAACUCAAAAAGGCAAAUUUAAACAGAACAAGCAAAAAUGUGAGGGGAUUAAAAAGCGUGUUACAGUAGGACAGUCGAUUGUUUCUAU